UUGAGCGGGGACAUGACGCGUUAUACAUGCUUAUAUAUGUAUAUAUUGGGGUGUUAAGUGUUCGUUGCUCCGACAGGGUCGUGGGGGGUCGUAUAUAUCGAGUCGGGGUUACCGCUCAGUAGGGGUUGAAAUCCCAAGGAGCGAACUUCGUUUCCUCCUUAAGCGCAUCGGCAAAGUAAAGAAAAAAAUAGUUUACUCAUUCAAUUAAAAUUCGACAAAAAAAAAAUUUCUUUUUAAAAAUAAUACAUAAUAAUGGAGAAGGGGUUGUUAUUGUGUCCCCCUCCCCUCAAAUGUGUCGCCUAACUCCUGAGGUGUUUCAAGAGAAAUUUUUUGCAAAACGAGAAUAAACAAACAACAAGGGAUAAAUUAGCCAAACUGUAAUAAACAGUAUGAGAUGAAUUAAAAAAUUGUAAACUAGGAGACUUUGUGAACUAGGAAACUUUGGAUACUAGGAAACUUUUGAAACUAAAAAGCAUUGUGAACUAGGAAACUUUGGAAACUAAAAAGAAUUGUGAACUAGGAAACUUUGGAAACUAGAAAGCAUUGUGAACUAGGAAACUUUGGAAACUAAAAAGCAUUGUGAACUUGGAAACUAGGAAACAUUUUGAACUAGGAAACUUUGGUAACUAGGAAACUUUAUCAACUAGAAAACAUUGUGAACUAGAGAACAUUGUGAACUAGGAAACUUUGUGAACUAGAAAACAUUGUGAUACUAGGAAACUUUGGGAACUAGGAAACGUUGUGAACUAGAAAACAUUGUGAACUAGGAAACGUUGUGAACUAGAAAACAUUGUGAAUUAGUAAACUUUGUGAACUAGAAAACAUUGUGAACUAAGAAACAUUGUGAACUAGGAAACAUUGUGAAACUAUUAAAUUUUGAUAACUAGGAAACAUUGUGAACUAGAAAACAUUGUAAACUAGGAAACAUUGUGAACUAGUAAACAUUGUGAACUAGGAAACGUUGUGAACUAGAAAACAUUGUGAACUAGGAAACGUUGUGAACUAGAAAACAUUGUGAACUAGUAAACUUUGUGAACUAGGAAACGUUGUGAACUAGAAAACAUUGUGAACUAGGAAACGUUGUGAACUAGAAAACAUUGUGAACUAGGAAACAUUGUGAACUAGAAAACAUUGUAAACUAGGGAACUUUGGAAACUAGGAAAAAUUGUGAACUAGGAAAGAUUGUGAACUGGAAAACUUUGUAAACUAGGGAACUUUGGAAACUAGGAAAAAUUGUCAACUAAGAAAGAUUGUAAACUGGGAAACUUUGUGAACUAGAAAACUCUGUGCAGCAAAAAAAAAAUUGUGAACUAAAAAAUAAAAAGUAAAACCUAAAAAUUAAUGAAAACAAAAAAAAACAGUGCAAACAAUUAAUAACGAGUUUAAGUCUAAACGCCAAGUUAAGUUUACAUUCCAAACUAUUUGACCUACCCGAAAUUACAACAACGGACUAGAGUACCCAGAGGAAUAUUAAUUAACCGUGGCUAAUUUAAUUCCAACUCAAGAAACCAUGACUAAAGCGUCAAAACAGUAAAAAAAUAAAAAAUACAUUAAAAACCCUAAAAUCAACGCUAAAACUAAAAAAUUAUAAAAAAAAGAAAAUAUACACCAAAAAGAAAAGUAUUUCAACUAAAGAAAAAAAAAUCUAAUUUAAAACAGCCGGGAAAGUUACUUAUGUACAUCAAUAAGGUCUGUAGGUCAUUAAUCGGUAUCUGAUCGAACAGAAAUAUCUUCAAGGGUUCGAUAUUAAAGAGAGAAAAAAGAUAGAGGCAAUAGAAAAAUUAAUGAAUUAAAAAAAGAGAAAAAAUAUAACAAGCUGUGUAAAAAUUACAAAAAAGUUUUAUAUUUCCUAUGUACAUAGGAUUUGACAGAAACCUACGACGUUAAUUCAUCUUGAAUGGCGCGGAAAUCCCGUUGAUUGAUCACGAAGAGAUCUUCUUCUCGAUUGUAAUUAUCGAUGAGGAGAUAGUUUCAUGAGAUAAGACGGAAAGGGUGGGAGGGAGAAUGGAAAAAAUAGUAGAAAACAAGUUUAAUGCAUUUUAGAUGCGGUUUAUUUUAUAAGGGUUAAGUUGAGUUGAACGGAACGUGAGCAGAAGAAAACAUUCUUAAUCGUCUGAAACUGUGUCUACUCGGUAUGGAAUGGAAUGCCAAUAGGGUAGUAGCUCUCUUCAAGUUUGUGCUCAGACUAACCAAUUGCAAAGACCAUCGCGCGCCUUAUUCUACUGACAAUGAAUUUUCUUCAAGGCAUCGUGUUUGCUGCACGUACGACUCAUAAAGUCAUUGAUUGAGAAGAACGUUAUAUACACCUAUAUAGAAAAUAUUUUUAAAGAAGGAUUCGUGACUUCCGGUUUGUGAAGGAAAAGUGGAAGAAAACGAGAAUUUAAAGGAAGAAUGGACGAAAAAUUGCCCUCAAAUAUACGUUGCUCCUCGAAUCGAUAAAGAAAAAAGGAAAAAAUAACAAGAAAAAGUGAGAGAGCGAGAAGGGGGGAGAGAAAAUAUAUAGAAUAUCGCGAAUUGAAAAAGAAAUGUUGUGCUUAGAUAUGAAGUUGGUCUCACGACUGCGAGGAUUGUCCUCGAAUUCAAGCACUUCAAACUCCUCAACGACGACCACUUCAAUUUCCAUUCCUCCUUCAUUUUCUGCCUCGUCGUAUAACUUGGUCGUUGAUAAGCAGCAGCAGCAGCAACAACGACGAAAAGCAAGACGUGGCAGUGGUGGAAAUAUUAGUCCGUGCAGUGAUCAUGAAAGCGAUGAGGACAGCAACAGCAUUCCAAGCAUCAGAAUCGUCAGAAAUCGAUCUAGAUCAGUUUGCAUGCCAGUGCUCACAUCAUCGCAGCUGCGACAUCUUCAUCGACGUGCCAGUCAUCACGUAUCAUCAACAGAUACAGUCUCGCGAAGAGGCGUAUUAUCAAGAAGAUGUUACGGGAGUGUGGAAAUGUUGCCGCAGAUUGAGCAGGAUGGCACAGACAGUGGAAGACGAUUUCGCGUGGAAAAUGGAGAUUCUCCAGGCGAGAAAGAAGAGAUGUUCGGCUCACCGAGUACGCCAGUAUUGGAAAAUCCGGAAUACCAGACACGAUGGUACUUCAAAUAUUUCCUUGGCAAAUUGCAUCAAAAUUAUGUGGCCUCGGAUCAAGAAAGAAAUCCCUUGUUCCUGUCGGUAGUUAUUAGUGAGGGUGGUGAUCAAUGUGUACCACACUACAGGGUGAUUCUUUGGAGACGCACGGGUGCUCAAAAGAUAUCACUGCCUUACUCGCCAAACAAAACCAUGACCGUCAGGCAAAUAUUGAGCAACUUCUUUGGUCUCGAAAAACUAGAUAAAGCCCCGAGGGAAAUAUUUUCACCAGAAAUACAAAAGGAUCUUUUGUUACUUGAAGAACAAGAGGGUUCGGUGAACUUUAAAUUUGGUGUUAUUUAUGCGAAAGAAGGUCAAACAACCGACGACGAAAUGCUAUCGAAUGAAGGAGGCAGCCCAGGUUUCGAGCGGUUCUUGGAAACUCUUGGGGAAAGAAUAAGGCUCAAGGGUUGGGACAAAUACAGAGGCGGUCUUGAUGUAAAAGGCGACAUGACGGGCAAAGACAGUAUCUACACAGUUUAUGCCGGCCACGAAGUUAUGUAUCAUGUCAGUACAAUGUUACCGCACUCAAAAGACAAUCCCCAACAAUUGGAGCGAAAGCGUCACAUUGGUAAUGACAUUGUCAACAUUAUUUACACCGAUGACGCCACAUUUUUGGAAACCUUCAAUCCAAAUUGCAUUCGAAGUCAAUUUACACACGUAUUUGCGGUGGUAUGCAGUGAAGAGGGUGGUAAUGGAUGGCGAAUAGCUAUUUACUGCGAUGAAAAUGUACCUCUCUUUGGACCAAGUCUACCAUGUCCUCCAAUAUUCGAAGAUCAAUGUAAUUUCCGUGAAUUUCUAUUGGUUAAACUGAUCAAUGGUGAAAAGGCAACAUUCGACACGCCGACAUUCUCGAGAAAAAGGGAAAGAACACUGGACACACUGCUACGAGAUUUGUAUCAGGAACAUUCGCAAGAGAGCAAGAGCAAUAGUAUGCUUAAUCGUCGAGCAUUGUCCGACGUUGUUGAAACGCCUGGACGACGUCGCGAGGAAACUCGAGCAGUUGAAAUGGUUCGUGUUGGACAAGCCCUUAAAUUAGAAGCCAUCGUUCGUGGACUUGCUCCAACAUCAAUGGCAACUGUUGGUCCUUUAAAACCAAGACCAUGGGAGCCAAGAUGUAUAUAUCCCGACUUUCCACACGAGAUUAUUUGCGGUGAUAUAUGGUCGGAUAGUAAACUUAUUCUAGCAACCGAAUCGGGAACAUUCCUUUUAGAGGACGGCAUUUCUCAUCGUCUUCUCUUUGACAAAUCGGUGCAAAUCAAACAGUUGGAUGUAGUUGAGCAGCACGGAAUCCUUUUGUUUCGAGCUGGAGACAAAGGUAAGGAGAGCAACGUCCAUGUAUUUCGAUUAAGUGAACUGGAAGGAGAUCUCUUGGCGAGUAUGGAUCUCAAUGACGAUGAUGAGGAAGACGAUAAUCUUGAGAAUUCUGCUCAUUUAUCAAGUCCAGGACCAACUUCAAAGACGCCAGCAGCCAAGAAUCGUUCUCAAGUUAAGGAAAGAAAAUUAGAACGUACAAGGGGUUGUAAUUUAUACAGUAUCACUAGACCCGGAGGUUCUCAUCUCAGAAUGUGUAUUGCAGUUGGAAGGAGAUUAACUGUCCUCCAGUGGAAACACAAUGCAGCAUGGACGACGUGGUGUGCAUCAGCAGACACUGAUACCGUCGAUGGUUUUCUUCUUUUAAAGGAAUUGAAUGCCAGUGAACAGCCCUCCUUAGUGACUAUUAUUGAAAGCUCAGAACUUGGAAAUGAAUGGGUACUUUGCUGCGGUUUACGGCAUAGUUUCGAGCUAAUUUCGGCGAAUGGCACAUCGAGAAUCCUCCAUCUCGAGGGAAGUGUCAAGCCUCAUUUGAUUGCUGCUCUAGAUCUUUGUGAGGAUGAAGAGCCGGAAGUUUUAUUAUGCUACAACAAUACGUGUCACUUUCAAAAAUUAACCGAAGAAAAUGCAUCUCCAACGGAGUUUGACUUCAAUUGGAACUCCGUGCCUGUAACUGUUGCUUGUGCCUUCCCCUAUGUGAUUGCCUUUACUGCUGAUAUCAUGGAAAUUCGUUUGAUAAUAAAUGGAAAUUUGGUUCACACUAUUGCAAUGCCAAAUUUGUGUUUAAUAUCUUCGAAGCGUGAUAUUUUCUUCGCGACAACAGCUCCUGAAUUUUUGACCUCAAAAUGUGAGAAAAUUCGAUUGGACACGAAAACAGAGAAGGAGGAACGAAGCAACAGUCCACCAUCGUCACAAAACAGUUUUCAAAGUUCUCAGGGUGACAGCAAACCAAUGAGGAUCUAUCGCAUUCCACUACAAACCCUAUCGAGAACAUCAGUCACCAGUUGCAGUGAACGAAGAUGUGCAAGUCCUGCAGAGCCAAAUGACAAACCACCGACAACAAAUGAUAGAAAUUUCCUCAGUGCAGAACCGCAUAGAUCCCUAAGCAGAUCCUGCAGCAGUAGUCCAACUCCUAGUUUAGGAACAUCUAUCUCCAGUUCCUCGAGUAAAUAAUUAAGAGAAUAAUCAAGAAUUGUAUUUUAAUAUUUCAUCACUGUCCGUUUAUGCCAAAGAAUAAAAAACAAAUCUACUACUCUUGAAACUAAUUAUAAAUUAACGGAAUUUCAAUUCGCAAAUAUUCACCGUUAAGUUGAAAAAAAGUCAAUAUUUGAUUAUAGGUACAUAAAUAAUCUAUACGAUAAAAAAAACACGAAUGGCAAAAAAACUAAGCUAUAUUUAUUGUACGGCAGCAAAUUAUUCCCAUAAUAUAAUUAAUUUAUUGCAAACAAAAAAAAAAUACCACAAAAUAAGUUACAGAAAAAGAAAAAAAGUAAAGGAAAAAAACAACAAAUACCACAAAAAAAUGAACACAAAGAAUUUAAACACCGGAAAUAAAUGACAAACAAAUAAUUAAUUCAAAAGCAAAACAAUCAAAAUGUGUUGUGAAAAGAAAAAUUAUGUCAAUGCAGUAUAGGUAAGAGUUGUGUUAGAAAUGAUAAAAAAUUAAUAAGGAAAACAAUAAGAACACAUGAAUUAUAAAUUAAAAUUUACAAAUCUGGUUCAUAAUGUGGAAAAAUGUAGUUGCAGGUGCAUAUAGGCACACUGCAGAGGCAAGUGAAACAUUAUGAGGUCAACGUGCGCGGAUCGAUAUAUAACACAACUUUUUCAAAUGCAGAUAACGACAAUGUUAAUUAUUUAAAAAAUAAAUUUUAAGCUAAGAUUCCCUAUUUAUUGUAAAUCAAUCAUUUGAAAAAAAAUGAAAAUCAAAUAAUUAUUAUAAUAAAAUGUUGCAAAAAU